GCCGGGGGAUCUUCAUCGUACUCAUCAGUCGCGAAUACGACGAACACGACGAGUCCGACAAACUCGCGCAGCAUCAUGAACACGAAGCUGGUCCUUCUGCUCGGCCUGGUGGCGCUCGCCUUCGCGGAGGAUGCGAAGCAGAGCGACGCGAAGGCAGACGCGAAGAAGGAGAAGCGGGGCCUCUACGGCGCCCUGGGCUACGGCGGCUACGGCGGCUACAGCGGCUACAGCGGCUACAGCGGCUAUGGUCUCGGCAGCGGAUUGGGCCUCAGCACCUACUCGUCGCUUCCGCUCGACAUCAGCCACGGCGUCUCCACCGUCCUGACGAAGGAAGUGGCCGUGCCCGUGCCGCAACCGGUCGCCGUGCCCGUCGAGAAACACGUCCCGGUGCCCGUUAAGGUGCCGUACGCCGUGCCGGUCGACCGUCCCUACCCAGUGCAGGUGCCGAAGCCGUACCCGGUCGAGGUGACGAAACACGUCGCCGUGCCGGUGGACCGGCCAGUGCCAGUGCCAUACAGCGUCCCGGUGAAGGUGCCCGUCCCGGCGCCGUACGCCGUCAAAGUGCCGCAGCCGUACGCCGUGCCCGUCGUCAAGCACGUCCCGGUGCCGGUCGCGCAGCCGGUCGUCGUUGAGAAAGUGCACUCCGGCCUCGGCUACAACGGCCUCUACGGCGGCUACAGCGGCUACAGCGGCUACGGCGGCUACAGCGGCUACAACGGCUACGGCGGCUACGGAUACUCCGGCUGGUAAAUGGAGGGCCAACGCGAAAUGCGGAUCCUGAGCGACGCUCCCCUGACACGACGGCACCGUCGCCGCGAGACGCCAGCAGCUGAUGCAGUGGCCGCGUUCCUCCUCGGGGGAAGGGCUGCUCCUCGCGAGAGCACGGCGGCCGGAGGGUGGUGGCUCGGAGGACGGAUCGACGACGACGAGCGCCGGUGCCGUGUGUUCUCGCGAAAAUUCACGGACGAUCUCCCGCGGCUCUCGAUCAUCUCUUCUGGUCCCCCACUUGUCUUCUUCUUCUUCUUCUUCUU